AUAUAUAUAUACAUAUGUAUAUAGUUAAACUAAUCGCAUAGGUAUCGUUCAUUAAGUUUUUUUCCAUAAUUCUAUUUAUUAAUUGCGAUCAGAACUGUUCAUUAGCAUCCGUACAUUAUUAACUCAUUACUAACAAGAUUACACACAUCAAAUGAAUUUUAAAUAUUUGAUAUGCCAUCGGAAUUUAUUACGGGACAAACAGUAGAAUUGUCUACAAUAAAGUAUUCUCAAGUUAAUCAACGUUUCUGGUUUACUUCUAAGUCGAUGGAAGACAUUCUAUAUCAUCUGCGACACAAUAUCGUCAAUCAUAAUAGUUCCUUGACAAUAUUACUUCAUCAAACCUUAACAAAUAGAAUAACUAGUCAUAUCAUUAAUAUAUUUUUCAAAACAGAUGGAAACGGAAAAUGGUAUCGAAAAUAUACCAUUGCCAAGCGAAAUACCAUUAAUCAGACCGCCAAACAACAUAGAGAAUACUACACUAGUUGAAAAUCAUGAUUCGUUUUUAUCUGAUUGUCUUCCAAAAAAUAUUAUUUUAACUGACAUUAUUCAUACAUUUAGACAACGAGCAAAAAGUCCUAUUUUAAAAAGACCUAUUGUUUUAAAUUCUUCAAAAUCAUUCUCUGAUGUUAAUAUUACUAGAACUGGUCUUCGUAAUGUUAACCUAUAUGAAAUUGUUUCCCAAAUUGGUGAAGGUUCAUAUGGUCAAGUGUACAAAGCCAAAGAAAAAAAAACUAAUACUUUUGUGGCACUAAAAAAAGUGAGAUUAGAGCAUGAAUCUGAAGGAUUUCCAAUUACUGCAAUUAGAGAAAUAAAAAUUUUAAGACAACUAAAUCAUAAAAAUGUAGUUAGCUUAAGAGAAGUUGUUACUGAUAAAGAAGAUACUUUAGAAUUCAAAAAAGGUGGUGGCUCCUUUUAUCUUGUAUUUGAAUACAUGGAUCAUGAUUUAACUGGUUUAAUAGAAUCAGGUAUGGUAGAUUUUACUGUAAAGGAUAAUGCCAUCAUAAUGCGUCAACUACUAGAGGGUUUAAAUUAUUGUCACAAACAAAAUUUCAUACACAGAGAUAUAAAAUGCAGUAAUAUUUUACUCAACAAUAGAGGUGAACUAAAACUUGCUGAUUUAGGACUUGCACGGCUAUUUGAUAAUGAGCAAGUUCGUUUAUAUACAAAUAAAGUAGUUACCUUACGAUACAGACCACCGGAGCUACUACUUGGAGAAGAGAGAUAUGGUCCAUCUGUUGACAUUUGGUCUUGUGGGUGUAUUUUAGGAGAACUUUUUGUAAAAAAAAACAUGUUUCAUGGUAAAGAUGAAUUUGAUCAACUAGAGUUAAUAUCACAACUCUGUGGUAGUCCUUGCCCAGCUAACUGGCCGGAUGUAAUUAAAUUACCUUAUUGGAAAUUUAUUAGUCAAAAAAAACUGCAUAAUCGAAAACUUGCUGAUCAAUAUGAAUUUAUUGGUAGUGAUGCUUUAAAUCUUUUGGACAAAAUGUUAACUCUUGAUCCCUGUAAGCGAAUAACUGCCGAAGAUGCAUUAAAAUGUUCAUGGCUCAUGAACAUAGAUAAUAAAAUGUGUAUUUCAUUGCCAACAUGGCAAGAUUGUCAUGAACUGUGGAGUAGAAAACGAAAAGGACGAUCAACAACUUCCAGGAAUAAUUCUUCUCUCCGUUCCACGAAGAAGGAUCGCAAUCAAUCAGAGAACAAAACUCGAACUUAAAUUGUUAAUACAUAUUGUAAUUUGACGAAUUUUAAUUAUUUCAUUCAGGGGUAAAAUUCCUAAAAAUAAAAUAUUAAAAAAUUAUAUUAGGAAAUUUGUUGAACAUUAUUUAUGUAUCUUGGAACCUUACCAGAUGUUUCAUUUUGAUAUGAUAUUUUCAUUGUAUUAUAUAAUAUUAUUCUAUGGA